UUGACACAACACACACUCUUUUUAACCUAGAAGGAUGAUUGGUUGUGCACACACACACUGAAGGUUACUCUGGAUUUCUCAGGGCUAAGGAUGGACGGCGUCCUGGAGGCGACGAUCGCUCUGUGUGGAUGUAAAGUGCUGUGCAGCGUUCUGUGUCUUCCUGCUUUCAAAGACUCCAUCUCCUCCGUCAGCCUGUGCUGUGUUUGCCUCUUAUUCUUCACCGAUCUCUCCAUCACCAUGUUCCUGGUGUAUCUCUGGUCCACUGCACCCAGACCGAUGUCUUUUCACCCGUCUUCAGACGUCAUUGCCCUGCGCUUCAUGCUGUUCCUCAGCGACACGUACGAGGCAGUGUUGAUGCUGACUCCGCUGCUGGUGGCUGUGGAAUUGCUGGUUCGUCUCCUAUGGGACGGAGAUUCUGCGACCUCAACUAUGGAUGAAACGGAAGCUCAAGAGGAUGUGUUGCUUUUAAAGGAUGUUCAAGGAGAUGCCUGGGAGAUAAGACGGGAACAGAAAGGAGAGCAGAAAGAGAACAAUGCGGAGUUCUUAAAAGCUUUAGGUUUCCUUGGUUGCCUCAUGCUAUGGUUCAUGUGUGGGACAUAUGCUGGGUUUAGUUGGAGGCAAGAGCUGGUGAUGGUGAGAUCCUGCCUGGAAAGCGGCAGCUUGCUCUCCACGUGCCUUCCCUGCCUCCUCACAGCUUCGUCACCAGUUAGCGGGCAACUAAUUUGGGCGCUACCUGCUGCUGCUGUCUUGCUAGCAUUCACUGCAGUUCUGAGCUUAACUGUAGUAAAGCUGACCUGCAGAACUGUUAAUCCAGACCUACCGAAAUGCCCAGAGAACUCUGAUGCUGUCCAACAAACACAACCGCAAACGCAUCCACCCAUGCCCGAGGUGCCCUCUAUUCCUGCUGUGAGCGUUUCGCACAAUUGCAAUGUUGACUCAGAAAAGACAGCGAGCAGCUGCGCCAUUCACAUCUCGCAUAAUAAGCGACGAUGGGCUCACGGAAAGCCGGAGCCAUUAUCUCUGAAAACAGACAGCCGUAAAUUAAAAAGCGAGAGCGUCAUGCUCAUUUUGCAACCGCAUUGCACGGCCCCGCACCCUCACAAGAGCCAGCUUUGGCAGACUGUGAGGGAAAGUCCCUGCCUGAGAGGAGAACUAAUGACAGGACUGUUUUGUGGGCUCCUGGUGUGUGUCUUUCCUACAAUUCUCAGCACCAACAUACUGCUCAUCAGCAACCUGGACACUCUGGCUGUGUAUGUUGUGAAACAUCUGCUCACUCCGCUGCAUGGUAGAUGAGGGAUGCAUGUUCCCGCAGCACACCUCAUACCAAACAUUCUGGACAUUCCAAGGUUAUUUGUAAAACUGGAAACACUGGAUGAGUAAGCACAUGAAUGAGCACUGGCUCCCACCCAAACCCUGUAUUUUUAUUAUGAGUUAAUCUUACUUAGGCACAGAUGCUCCUGCGUCUUGUGACGCAAGAGGCAGUCACACUUGUCCAGCACUUUUGGUCCACAGCCAGUGUUAUUGUACCUUUCCAUCCUCUACCAACUAGUUGCAGAUCUCUCAAAUCGUUUGGUGCCAGUUCAUUUUUGGACGCCCCCUCCGCCGUUGUUCCUGGGAAUUCCAUCAUAGAACUUGGUUGAUGGGAGUCUAACAAUGUCCCAGCCAGCUCAGUCAUCUACAAAUUCAUCAGUAAGCGUUUUAUCUGGGGAAUACUGGGCACAUGGCAGGAAAUCAUCCAGGCAUUCACCAGAUCAUCUGGCGGCACGUAAAGGAAACUGGAGGACACAGAGGAAACCCACAUAGAGAACAGUUUAUCCUGGUCAGGACGGUGGCGUUACCAGAGUCUAUCCCAGGAACAAAGUGUGAAGUGGGAAUACAUAUUGAAUGGGAAAGCCAGGCCAUCACACACACGGUCACUCCACCGGGGCAAUUCAGCAGAGCCAAUUCACACCUACUGGCAUGUUUUUGGGAGGAAAGCCAUAUGGACACGGAGAGAACCUGAACAGAAACUAACCCAAACUCAGGAUUGAACCCCAAAACACGGAGCUGAGACAGAGCAAUAUGUGCACAAAGGCUUUCACUGGGGGUUGUUUAUAGUGGUGGUGAAAAUAUUGUCCGAUUUGAGUACAGUUAUGUUAAACCAUGCUCUUCUGAUUUGUAAUGUUCAAUAAAGAAUGCAAGCCUUUAUUAAA